AUGGGUCGUUUAAAUGUCUCAAAUUUGGCUGAGUCAUUUGGUGUUACCACCAAGGAUAUUACUUGGGGUAUUACCUUGGUAUUGAUGUUUCGUACUGUUGGUGCCCUCAUCUUUGGUUUCAUUGGUGAUCAAUUUGGUAGAAAGUGGCCAUUCAUUAUCAAUUUAUCGCUAUUGAUUGUCAUCCAGAUUGGUACAGGAUUUGUCAAGACUUAUGCACAGUUUUUGGGUGUUAGAGCUGUAUUUGGUAUUGCAAUGGGUGGUAUCUUUGGUAUCUGUGCCGCUGAAGCCUUGGGUGAUGCUCCCAAAAAGGCAAGAGGUGUUUUAUCGGGUAUUUUCCAAGAAGGUUAUGCAUUUGGAUACUUGUUGGCUGUCUGUUUCCAAAGAGCAUUUGAAAGGACCAAACAUACAUGGAACAAUAUGUUUUUCUUUUCAGCAGGUGCUUCUGUAAUCAUUGUUGUUUGGAGAUUGUGUUUCCCAGAAACCGAUAGUUACCAACGCCAAAAGGCUAGAGCAGAUCGCAAUGCUAUCAAGAAAAACUCCAAAUUGGCAAGCUUCAAGAGUGAAGCCAAGAAUGCUUUAAAGACUUAUUGGUUGAUCAUUGUGUACAUGAUCUUUAUGAUGUCAGGAUUUAACUUUUCAUCGCACGGUUCUCAAGACUUGUAUCCAACAAUGAUGAAGGAACAAUACCACUAUGGUGAUGACAGAUCUACCGUGGUGAAUGUUUGUGCAAACUUGGGUGCAUUGGCUGGUGGUGUUGUUAUUGCUCAUUUGUCUACUUUUAUUGGUAGAAGAACCGCAAUUUUGUGCGGUAACGUUAUUGCCGGUGCCUUUAUCUAUCCAUGGGCAUUCAAACCAAUGUGGGUGACUGCCUUUUUCAUGCAAUUUGGUAUCCAAGGUGCAUGGUCAGUUGUACCAAUCCACUUGUCGGAAUUGUCUCCUCCACAGUAUAAGGCAUUCAUUGCUGGUGUCGCAUACCAAUUGGGUAAUUUGGUGAGCUCUGCAAGUUCUACUAUAGAGGCUACCAUCAAUGAACAGCUCAACGAUUAUGGUAAAACCAUGGCUAUUUUUAUUGCUGCUGUCAUUAUCUAUUUAAUGUUUGUUAUUUUCAUUGGUCCCGAAAAUAGAGGCGCCGACUUGGACGCAGAAAGAGAUGAAGAGUACAGUAUUUACGAUGUUGAGGAUGAAGAUGAUGGCGAAUAUGACGAAGAAGGCGAUAAGUACGCCACUGGUGUUGUUGAAAAAGCUGAUGCCGAUCAUAAAGACUUUGACAAGACAGAGUUGGAACAUAAAGUUUGA